AUGGAACCACAACGGAGCUACAUUUGCCUGAAUUGUCAGAAUCCAUUGCGAAUAGAAUUCGCACAACGACGACCCGAUUCAGCGGAUUCGGAGAAAAAAAGCGAAACGGUGAUCACCGAAGCGUUGACAGGACACUCUCGGAAUCUGAUGAAGCUCAUCUCCGAUGCUCAAUUUCCAUCCGACGCGCCAGUUUGCUGUGACUGCUCAGACGCUCUAGUAAAAGAAAUGGAUGCUCAAGUGGCAACGCUGGAAGACGAAACGAAAACCUAUUCGACCUAUAUCAACUUCCUGCGAGAAAACCAUCCAACGACAGCGAUUCCGGAGUUAAAAGCGAAGCUGCAGAAUGUGACAGAAGAGGAGAGAGAUUUGGAGCAGCAAUUGAAGAAAUUGUUGGCUGAGGAGGAGUUGAUCGAUACGGAACUUCAGAAAAAGAGACGGCUCGCGGAAUCGUCUUCGGAGAAGUCGGGAGAGUUGUGGAAUAAGUAUAGGGACAAUUUGAGACAAGUAUUCGAGGAUCAGGAUGAGCUGUUUUCGUUGGAUGCCGAACGCCAAUAUGCAGAAGUUCAGCAUCGGAAGCUCAUCGACACGAAUGUUCUCGACUUGUGCUUCCACAUUUGGGUCGACGGAAUCGUUGGAGAAAUAAACGGAUUUCGUUUGGGCUACCUGAAAGAUGCUCCAGUGGAGUUCACUGAAAUUAACGCAGCUCUCGGGCAAAUUGUUUUGCUUUUGGAGAUCCUGUUGGAGCGUAUCGGCGUACAACAUCACGAACUGGUGCCCGUCGCAAUGGGCAGUCACUCUUACAUCAAGCUACGACGCAACGGCAAUGACAUUGAAAAUUACCCGUUGUACGGUCAAGGAACGCCACUCUCCGGAUCGUCUGGAAUCGACGCUGGAAUUCGGAGAUUCUUGCAGUUGUUAGAGUUUUUGCUCAAGGAGCUCAAAGACCGCAACAAGAACUUCAAACCGCCAUACCAGAUCCACGCGGACUCUCUCGUCGACAACGGCGUCAAGUACAACGCCGUCAUGACACUCAACACUGACGUACGAUGGAGUCGGUCGAUGGCUCUGAUGCUCACAGAUAUGAAAGCCGCGUGUGCUCAAUGUGAUGCUCUCAGAGCUCCGAUCUGA